AUGUCGAGCUCAGGUGAAGCGCUCGUCCUCUGCCUCUAUGCAGGAGGCACCAUCGGCAUGGUCCGCAAGGACGCCUCUUCGGGGUUCGCCCCCUACCCCUCCUUCCUCACUGAAACGCUGCGCAGUCAAUCACGCUUCCACGAUCCGCACGGCGACUCCAUCUUCUCCUGGUCCGACUCGGUCGAUCGAUACAAGGCUUGGAGCGACGCCUUCACUCGACCAGGCUCGGGUGCCUCCACUCCUCUGCAUGCGAAUGGCAACGGCAACGGAGACAGCAGCUUGCUACCGAACGAGCAAGAUAUUGCCAAGGCAAUCGCAGAGAAGCGUGUUUCGACCCUAGAUGCCAACGGCACUCCUAUGCCCAGCAAGAAGCGCAAGAAUGAGCACGAGCCCAUCGCCAAUUCUGGCUCUCUGACGCCUUCGACGCAGGCUCAUCUGAAUCAUCUGUAUGCGGAUACCGCUUCUCGGUCUCCCUCAGGUGCAAGUUCAUCUGCAGCACCUUCCUUCGGUCAUCCCGUACUGGUCCGAUCUUCGGCACCAAAGGGUACCUCUACCCAUCACGCCCUCUCCUCGAGCCUUUCCGCAGACGGUAAUCACCUCGAGCUACAACUCCCCACACUCAUCACACCCCGAGGUGGUGCCAACGGCAAGCGCGUCCGCUAUGCCGUCCUCGAAUACGACCCUCUCCUCGACUCCUCGGAGAUGGAUAUCCCCGACUGGAUCCGCCUCGCAUCCGACAUAUCGCUCAAUUAUCAAAACUUUGAUGCGUUCAUCGUGCUCCACGGCACAGACACCAUGGCCUACACCGCUUCAGCGCUCAGCAUGCUUCUCGAAAACCUUGGCAAAUCCGUCAUCGUCACGGGAGCCCAGGUGCCUCUCUCCGAGCUUCGCAAUGAUGCGAUCGAGAAUGUGUUGGGAGCACUCAUGUUGGCGGGAUCCUACAUCAUUCCUGAAGUCGGACUGUACUUUGCUUCUACGCUGUACAGGGGAAACAGAACGAGCAAGGUGUCGAACAAUGCGUUGGCAGCGUUCGAUUCGCCCAACAUGGCGCCACUGGCCAGAGUCGGGAUCAACAUCGACGUAGCGUGGAACCUGGUCGAGCGUUCGAGAACAGUCAAGAGCUUCCGUGCGCACGACCGCAUGUCUCCCAACGUAGCUGUGCUCCGACUCUUUCCCGGAUUGCCUACGAGCACCGUCAAGAACUUCCUCUCUCCGCCGCUCGAAGGUGUCAUCCUCGAAUCGUACGGUGCGGGAAACGCUCCGUCGCGGCAGGAUCUGCUCGACGUGUUUAAGGAAGCUUCCGAUCGAGGUCUGGUCAUUGUCAACAUCACGCAGUGCGUUCAAGGCGAGGUGUCGGCGAUCUAUGCUGUCGGAAAGAAGUUGGAAGCGGUUGGCGUGGUAGCGGGCGGCGAUAUGACGCCCGAGUGCGCUCUGGCGAAGUUGUCGUAUCUGUUGGCGAAGGGGCUGGAGCCGGAAGAGAUCAGAGAGUUGAUGGGGAGACCGUUGAGGGGUGAACUGACGAGUAGCAGGAGCAGCCAUUCCGUUGUGCCGCAAGAGUUGACGCCGGCGGGGGUGGGACCGAUCAAGGCGGAUGUCAAGACGUUGUUGGCGCACAUCCUGCAGAAUCCGCACAAGGUGCAGUCUUCGACGGGCGGGGAGGGGGUGGAGAGGGAUGCGGGCACACACGGUGUCGCUUCGGCAGCAGGUUGGGAUAGCUCAUCCGCCGAAGUGUCUGCUGCGACACUCGCCGUCCUACCCUACCUGAUCUACGAGGCGGCGUCCACCAACUCACCCACCUUGCUCUCGUGGCAUCUGUUCGCCCUCUCGCAACUCGAAGCCAUCCCUACGAUUUCGAUCGACGAAGAGCACUUCCACCCAUCCACGCUACCCCCUUCCUCCACCGCCAAUACGGGCGACAGCGCGUCGACCUCGCACUCCGUGGAGAAGUCCUCGACGACACCGCUGGAGAAGCUUCAGCCGCUCCACAUCGCCGCUGCUAAGGGCUUCACCAAGAUCGUCGAGCAGCUGCUGCAGGCAGGGUGCAGCGUUCACGCGAGGGAGAGGGCGAGUGGUCACAGCCCGUUGUAUCUGGCGUGCAAGAACGGGAUGAUGGCGACGGUGAGGUUGUUGCGGGAUGCGGGUGCGCAUUUGAAGGAGGAUGAGGUGAGGUUGGCCAAGGUCAUGGUGGGGGAGAAGGAGGGGGAGGGGAGAGGGAUCUGGGAGUUGGCGGGUAUUGAGUUUGCGUAG